GAGCACUAUCUACAUAUGCACACAUAUAUACACAUAUAUGUAUAUAUAUAUAUAUAUAUAUACGCAUCCCCAUCUCAAAGUGUUUCAUAACCUUUUUAUUCCGGAAUCUCAUUGCUGGUUGGAGCAGGUUAGAGCUUCCGAGUUCGGUGAAAGGUUGGCGAAACUUUUACGUUCUUUAGUUUUACGAUUCUGUGAAUUUUACAAACAACUACAACAAUAAAUUUAGAGUAGCUAUUUUUACAAUGUUUCGAUUACUCGCUUCGCUGCGUGUACGAGGUGAAACAUUGAUUACUACUGCAACUAGUUUGCUGGCAAAAACUGACAGUACAUCGUUGACGAAAAAUGCUCGUAAUUUUACAGUAAGUUCAAAACUAUUUGGCGAUUGGCCACAGAUUCAGAAACCCGCCCCGGAUUUUUCUGGUACUGCGGUAGUUAAAGGUGACUUCAAGGAAAUCAAAUUGAGCGACUACAAAGGAAAAUACGUUGUUUUGUUUUUCUAUCCAUUAGAUUUUACAUUUGUUUGUCCAACGGAAAUAAUUGCAUUUAGUGAAAAGAUCUCAGAGUUUGAAGCUCUGAAUACACAAGUGAUCGGAGUGUCAACAGAUUCUCACUUCAGUCAUCUAGCAUGGAUUAACACCCCGAGGAAACAAGGUGGCCUGGGAGGAGAUUUGGGUUAUCCUCUUUUGAGUGAUUUUAAUAAGAUCAUAUCAAGUAACUAUAAUGUUUUACUGCAAGAUUCGGGUAUUGCACUCAGAGGUCUCUUUAUCAUAGACAAGGAAGGAGUUCUUCGACAGUUUUGCGUCAAUGAUCUCCCAGUUGGCAGGAGUGUCGAAGAGACAUUGAGAUUGAUUAAGGCUUUCCAGUUUGUUGAGAAACAUGGUGAGGUAUGUCCUGCAAACUGGCAACCAGAUUCCAAAACCAUCAAACCGAACCCAAAAGAUAGCAAACAAUACUUUGAAUCGGUUAAUUAAGCAUGCAUUUAGGGGUUUUGUUCAAGGGAUAUAUACACAUACACACACAAUAGAUUAUAAUGUAAUAUACCUGAUUGAUUAUGGUAAUAUAAUAUAAUAUAUGAUGGUUAUAAUGCAAUAGAAUUAAUGUUGCAAUUGAUUGUAUAAACUGAACAAAAGCUGAAAAAAUUAUACAUUUUAUUAUAAAAUAA